AUGGCUCAACAGCAGCAGCAGACCUCUGACAUGCACCAGCAGCAGCAGCAGCAAAGGCCCUUAACUGCACAAGUUGCGAAAACCGCAACUGCAGUCACCCUGACAGGCUCUUUCAUGGUGAUCUCUGCCCUCACCCUGGCAGCCACUGUCAUAGGCCUCGUGAUCGCGACUCCGGUCCUCGUGAUCUUCAGCCCCGUGCUGGUGCCUGCAGCAAUCACUACUUUCCUUCUGCUUGCAGGGCUUUUCACCUCUGGUGGACUUGGUGCAGUUGCCACCUUUGUGCUGACGUGGAUGUACAAGUACGUGUCAGGGCAGCGCCCGAUGGGCGCGGACCAGCUGGAUAAGGUCAAGUCGAAAAUUGUUGGCACUGCUGAGGAUCUCAAAGAGCAACCCCGGUGGAUUCCAUGA